AUCUCCGGGAACCCCUUUACACUGCACACCUAAUUGCAACCUCCUGCUGAGGCUCCUUCUACCUCGUGCUUGUGGCCUGAAGCCAUCCGCCUCUAUCCCUGUGUGUACUGUGCAUACUCGCAUUCCUCUUUCUUCCUUCCAAUCAUCACCAAAGACAUAGGUAGACUCUGUAUUCUCAUAGGUACACCUCGUUCGGACCUCGGUCUCUCCAGAAGCAUGCCUCCUCAGAUCUUCAAAGGUUGUGUCCUUGCCUGUGCUGGCAGUUUACCAGGGCAACUCACUCCUGAAAACGUCAAGCGUUGGACCACGAUCCGGAAAGGCACAUUUCUUCGUACGUUUGACGACACAGUUACCCAUCUUCUGUGCACGCGAGAGCAAUUCGAGGAGCAACGUUGUGUCAAAGACACCCCAGUCAAGAAAGCCCUCGAUCGAGGCAAGAACGAGACAAAGAUCUUCAUACUUCACUGCGACUGGUUCGAGUUCUCCGCGUCGCAGAACAAGAAGCUGCCUGUUGGAGAGUACCAACUCAAGGACCGUUGGGCGUACGACACCGCUAAACAAAGAGAGCAAAGGAGGAUAGCACAAGGCAAUCGCAAUGCUGAGAGGCCAAACUACAUCAACACUAAUCUUUUCCACGUUUACCGAGACCGAGUCGGGUUUUACUAUCAGUUUCCAAUCCAUCGCGAAGAUACUGACACUGGAGACGAAGAACGCUAUGAGAUUACGCUUUGGCAGUCAAACGCCCUUCCGCAUCUCUACCAAUGCACAGUUAAACACCUCAGGCGCAAGGGGGACAACAGACCGUCCUUUCUGAACUUCACCCCGUGCGCGGGGAAAUUCUGGCCGCAGCUCAAGUAUAUGAUGGACUUCUUCCAGAAGAAAACCGGGAUCGAGUGGGAGGACCGUGUCCUCUGUUACAAUGACGAAAGCCGCCCCGGGAAAUUUAUUUACACGCCGCCGAUGGGAGGGAAGCCAGUCGGCACGAGGAUCAGUGGCGACGAUGCUGAAGAGUGCUGGAGGUUGAACGCCCAGCGUCGAGGUCUCCCAUGGCCAACUCCCGUUCCGGAGAACGGGGGUUCCGCGACAGCAGAUGAAUGUACCAUUGCCGGAGAUGCCGCUGAGGUCUUGCGACAACACCAGAAUAACCUUGACGAUGCCGACGACGACAGUGACUGCAAAGAUGAAGCGAUGCAGAGCAUUCACUCUUCACGCUAUGCCGAGAAGGACGGAAACGACGACACAGAAAUGACCGGGAUCGACUCCGAGACAGAUAAUCGGAACAUGGUGGAAGAGAAGCUGACGAAGGAUACGGAUGCACAUUCGCUGUCUUCCAGCCAGAGCUCAGUGGGAGAUUCGAGCAUCGGCGACGCUGGAGGGCUGACCCCUAUGACGGUUGAUUGCAGCGCUGACGAGCUCCUGGGCCAGAUGGAGCUCGAUACGACCAUGGAAGAGGUCGCCGUCGGCCAGAGAAGCUUCAUCAAAGAUGACAAGAACCUGUUGGCUCGUAUCGACAUGGCGGUGGCCCAAGCCAGGAAUAGGACCCACGACGCAGAACUGGCCCUGAUCGAGGCAGAGCGCGUACUGUUCGGCUUCGCACACGCGUGGUGAGAGAAGAGCCAAACGGAUACCACAACUUCAGAUCCCACAUCAUCGUAGCACGAAAUUCAACUUCUCCUCGAAUCCCACAUUGAAUGUCGCCGACGGAUGCCGCGUG